AUGAGUAAACCAUCACACUACAAGCAUCACACUACAAGCGCCACACUACAAGCGUCAUACUGCAAGCGUCACACUGCAAGCGUCACACCGCAAGCGUCAUACUGCAAGCGUCACACUGCACUGCAACCGUCACUCUGCAAGUGUCACACUACAAGUAUCACACUACAAGCGACACACUACAAGCAUCACACUACAAGCGUUACAACUACAAGCGUCACACUACAAGUGUCACACUACAAGCGCCACACUACAAGCGUCAUACUGCAAGCGUCACACUGCAAGCGUCACACUGCAACCGUCACUCUGCAAGUGUCACACUACAAGUAUCACACUACAAGCGUCACACUACAAGCGUCAUACUGCAAGCGUCACACUGCAACCGUCACUCUGCAAGUGUCACACUACAAGUAUCACACUACAAGCGUCACACUACAAGCAUCACACUACAAGCGUUACAACUACAAGCGUCACACUACAAGUGUCACACUACAAGCGUCAUACUGCAAGCGUCACACUGCAAGCGUCAUACUGCAAGCGUCACACUGCAACCGUCACUCUGCAAGUGUCACACUACAAGUAUCACACUACAAGCGUCACACUACAAGCAUCACACUACAAGCGUUACAACUACAAGCGUCACACUACAAGUGUCACACUACAAGCGCCACACUACAAGCGUCAUACUGCAAGCGUCACACUGCAAGCGUCACACUGCAAGCGUCAUACUGCAAGCGUCACACUGCAACCGUCACUCUGCAAGUGUCACACUACAAGUAUCACACUACAAGCGUCACACUACAAGCAUCACACUACAAGCGUUACAACUACAAGCGUCACACUACAAGUGUCACACUACAAGCGUCACACUACAAGUGUCACACUACAAGGAUCACACUACAAGCGUCACACUACAAGCGUUACAACUACAAGUGUCACACUACAAGGGUCACACUACAAGUGUCACACUACAAGGAUCACACUACAAGGAUCACACUACAAGCGUCACACUACAAGGAUCACACUACAAGUGUCACACUACAAGGAUCACACUACAAGCGUCACACUACAAGUGUCACACUACAAGGAUCACACUACAAGCAUCACAUUACAAGCGUCACUCUACAAGCGUCACACUAUAAGCGUUACAACUACAAGCGUCACACUACAAGCGUCACACUACAAGUGUCACACUACAAGCGUUACAACUACAAGCGUCACACUACAAGUGUCACACUACAAGCGUCAUACUGCAAGCGUCACACUGCAACCGUCACUCUGCAAGUGUCACACUACAAGUAUCACACUACAAGCGUCACACUACAAGCAUCACACUACAAGCGUUACAACUACAAGCGUCACACUACAAGUGUCACACUACAAGCGCCACACUACAAGCGUCAUACUGCAAGCGUCACACUGCAAGCGUCAUACUGCAAGCGUCAUACUGCAAGCGUCACACUGCAACCGUCACUCUGCAAGUGUCACACUACAAGUAUCACACUAAAAGCGUCACACUACAAGCAUCACACUACAAGCGUUACAACUGCAAGCGUCACACUACAAGUGUCACACUACAAGCGUCACACUACAAGUGUCACACUACAAGGAUCACACUACAAGCGUCACACUACAAGCGUUACAACUACAAGUGUCACACUACAAGUGUCACACUACAAGGAUCACAGUACAAUGAUCACACUACAAGCGUCACACUACAAGGAUCACACUACAAGUGUCACACUACAAGGAUCACACUACAAGCGUCACACUACAAGUGUCACACUACAAGGAUCACACUACAAGCAUCACAUUACAAGCGUCCACUCUCUACAAGCGUCACACUAUAAGCGUUACAACUACAAGCGUCACACUACAAGCGUCACACUACAAGUGUCACACUACAAGCGUUUACAACUACAAGCGUCACACUACAAGCGCCACACUACAAGCGUCAUACUGCAAGCGUCACACUGCAAGCGUCACACUGCAAGCGUCAUACUGCAAGCGUCACACUGCAACCGUCACUCUGCAAGUGUCACACUACAAGUAUCACACUACAAGCGUCACACUACAAGCAUCACACUACAAGCGUUACAACUACAAGCGUCACACUACAAGUGUCACACUACAAGCGUCACACUACAAGUGUCACACUACAAGGAUCACACUACAAGCGUCACACUACAAGCGUUACAACUACAAGUGUCACACUACAAGGGAUCACACUACAAGCGUCACACUACAAGGAUCACACUACAAGUGUCACACUACAAGGAUCACACUACAAGCGUCACACUACAAGUGUCACACUACAAGGAUCACACUACAAGCAUCACAUUACAAGCGUCACUCUACAAGCGUCACACUAUAAGCGUUACAACUACAAGCGUCACACUACAAGCGUCACACUACAAGUGUCACACUACAAGGAUCACACUACCAAGCGUUACACUACAAGUGUCACACUACAAGGAUCACACUACAAGCGUCACACUACAAGUGUCACACUACAAGUGGCACACUAAAAGCGUUACAACUACAAGCGUCGCACUACAAGGAUCACACUACAAGCGUCACACUACAAGUGUCACACUACAAGGAUCACACUACAAGCGUCACACUACAAGUGUCACACUACAAGGAUCACACUACAAGCGUCACACUACAAGCGUCACACUACAAGGAUCACACUACAAGUGUCACACUCAAGCGUCACACUUCAAGUGUCACACUACAAGGAUCACACUACAAGCAUCACAACAAGCGUCACACUACAAGCGGUCACACUAUAAGCGUUACAAACUACAAGCAUCACACUACAAGCGCACACUACAAAGUGUCACACUACAAGUGUCACACUACAAGUGUCACACUACAAGCAUCACACUACAAGCAUCACACUACAAGUGUCACACUAUAAGCAUCACACUACAAGCGUCACACUACAAGCGUCACACUACAAGUGUCCACACUACAAGGAUCACACUACAAGGAUCAUACUACAAGCAUCACACUACAAGCGUCACACUACAAGGAUCACACUACAAGCAUCACACUACAAGUGUCACACUACAAGUGUCACACUACAAGCAUCACACUACAAGCGUCACACUACAAGUGUCACACUACAAGCAUCACACUACAAGCGUCACACUACAAGGAUCACACUGCAAGGAUCACACUACACGCGUCACACUACAAAUGUCACACUACAAGGAUCACACUACAAGGAUCACACUACAAGUGUCACACUCCAAGUGGCACACUACAAGGAUCACACUACAAGCGUCACACUACAAGUGUCACACUACAAGGAUCACACUGCAAGGAUCACACUACAAGCAUCACACUACAAGUGGUCACACUACAAGCGUCACACUACAAGCAUCACACUACAAGUGUCACACUACAAGGGUCACACUACAAGGAUCACACUGCAAGGAUGACACUACAAGCGUCCACACUACAAGUGUCACACUACAAGUGUCACACUACAAGUGUCACACUACAAGCAUCACACUACAAAGAUCACACUACAAGCAUCACACUACAAGUGUCACACUACUACAAGGAUCACACUACAAGCAUUCACACUACACACAUACAAGUGUCACACUACAAGCAUCACACUAUCACACUACAAGCGUCACACUUACAAGUGUCACACUACAAGCAUCACACUACAAAGCGUCACACUACAAGCGUCACACUACAAGUGUCACACUACAAGGAUCACACUACAAGUGUCACACUACAAGCGUUACAAACUACAAGUGUCACACUACAAGGGUCACACUAAAAGUGGUCACACUACAAGGAUCACACUACAAGCGUCACACUACAAGGAUCACUCUACAAGUGUCACACUACAAGGAUCACACUAAAAGCGUCACACUACAAGGAUCACACUACAAGCGUCACACUACAAGUGUCACACUACAAGGAUCACACUACAAGCGUCACACUACAAGGAUCACACUGCAAAGGAUCACACUACACGCGUCACACUACAAAUGUCACACUACAAGGAUCCACACUACAAGGAUCACACUACAAGUGUCACACUCCAAGUGGCACACUACAAGGAUCACACUACAAGCGUCACACUACAAGUGGUCACACUACAAAGGAUCACACUGCAACGAUCACACUACAAGCAUCACACUACAAGUGUUCACACUACAAGCGUCACACUACAAGCAUCACACUACAAGUGUCACACUACAAGGGUCACACUACAAGGAUCACACUGCAAGGAUGACACUACAAGCGUCACACUACAAGUGUCACACUACAAGUGUCACACUACAAGUGUCACACUACAAGCAUCACACUUACAAGUGUCACACUACAAGGAUCACACUACAAAGCAUCACACUACAAGUGUCACACUACAAGCAUCACACUACAAGUGACACACUACAAGUUUCACACUACAAGCAUCACACUACAAGUGUCACACUAAAAGGAUCACACUACAAGCAUCACACUACAAGUGUCACACUACAAGGAUCACACUACAAGGAUCACACUACAAGGAUCACACUACAAGGAUCACACUGCAAAGGAUCACACUACAAGCUGAAGCACUCCACCAUGGCGAGUGCUGCGCAGGGAAACCUCGUCUCGACACUGGAGCCGGUCAGUAAGGUACCCAGGCACUCCAAGUAUAAGGGCCUUGUGCACCAUACAGCACGUCAUUAUCCUGCAUACGGUCGCCAUUGGGGCAAGUUUGGCAGCCUCGCGGCUAGCCGCAUCAAGAACACCAACCCUCUCGAUUUUCGUACUGGUAGACUUAUCCACAAUUAA